AUGGCCGACCCUCAGGAUACUCUGGGCAACGGGGACCAGCUCAUCACCUCGGAGAGCCCCGACCACCCCGCCAACCUAAUCCCUUCGCUUUGCGCCAAGUUCUGGACCCUGGGAUGGGUUACGGGAACCGGCGGAGGCUGCUCCAUUCGCGACGAACCUCUACGUCCUCUCCCUGCGCCUGCAAAAUCCUCCCAGUCCCCGAACGUACCUCCGCUCCCCACCCUGCGGAAGGCCCUCCCAGUGCACACCCUCUUCCUCGCCGCCUUCACCAAGCGCAACGCCGGAUGCUGCAUUCAUACCCAUUCCCAAUGGGCCGUCCUCGUCACCCUUCUCCUCGAGGCCGACGCCAACUCGGACCGACGGACCGUCUUCGAGAUCAACAACAUUGAGCAGAUCAAGGGCUUUGGCAAGGGUCCUUCCAAGCUCGGCAACCUAGGCUACCAUGACACUUUGCGCAUCCCCGUCAUCGAGAACACCGCCCACGAGGAGGACCUCACCGAGUUCAUGGAGGAAGCAAUGGACGAAUUUCCCGACGCCUAUGCGAUCCUCGUCAGGAGGCAUGGCGUUUACGUCUGGGGUGACAACGUCCACAAGGCCAAGACCAUGUGCGAGAGUCUCGACUACCUGUUCCAGUUGGCCGUCGAGAUGCGCAAGCUUGGUAUCCCGUGGAUCAGCGAUAUCCCAGUUGUCCAACCAAAGAGACUCGCUGCGCAGUGA